AGUGCGCAGGCGCGCCGCGGCGGCACUCCGCUGGGCCCCGGACGCGCCGGCGGCGGCGAGACGCCGGGGCUGCGGUGCUGUCCGCUUGCCUCUCCCGCAGAGUCCAGCUGCCGAGCAUCGCCCGCCCGCGCCGCCGCCAUGGGCUCCUGAGGCCCGCUCGUCGCCUGCUCUGAGGUUCUCUCAGGGAGCCCCCUGCUUCUGGGCACCAUGACCGUGAGGGGGGCCGUGCUGGCCCCGGAUCCAGCCUCGCCCACCACAGCAGCAGCCUCGCCCAGCAUCUCCGUGAUCCCCGAGGGCAGCCCCACGGCCAUGGAGCAGCCUGUGUUCCUGAUGACAACCGCCGCUCAGGCCAUCUCUGGCUUCUUCGUUUGGACAGCCCUGCUCAUCACCUGCCACCAGAUCUACAUGCACCUGCGCUGCUACAGCUGCCCCAACGAGCAGCGCUACAUCGUCCGCAUCCUCUUCAUCGUGCCCAUCUACGCCUUCGACUCCUGGCUCAGCCUCCUCUUCUUCACCAACGACCAGUACUACGUGUACUUCGGCACCGUGCGGGACUGCUACGAGGCCCUGGUCAUCUACAAUUUCCUGAGCCUGUGCUAUGAAUACCUCGGAGGGGAAAGUUCCAUCAUGUCAGAGAUCAGAGGGAAGCCCAUUGAGUCCAGCUGUGUGUAUGGCACGUGCUGCCUCUGGGGAAAGACUUAUUCCAUCGGGUUCCUGCGGUUCUGCAAGCAGGCCACCCUGCAGUUCUGCGUGGUCAAGCCGCUCAUGGCCGUCAGCACCGUGGUCCUCCAGGCCUUCGGCAAGUACCGGGAUGGUGACUUUGAUGUCACCAGCGGCUACCUCUACGUGACCAUCAUCUACAACAUCUCCGUGAGCCUGGCCCUCUACGCCCUCUUCCUCUUCUACUUCGCCACCCGGGAGCUGCUCAGCCCUUACAGCCCCGUCCUCAAGUUCUUCAUGGUCAAGUCCGUCAUCUUCCUUUCCUUCUGGCAAGGCAUGCUCCUGGCCAUCCUGGAGAAGUGCGGGGCCAUCCCCAAGAUCCACUCGGCCCGCGUGUCCGUGGGCGAGGGCACCGUGGCCGCUGGCUACCAGGACUUCAUCAUCUGCGUGGAGAUGUUCUUCGCAGCCCUGGCCCUGCGGCACGCCUUCACCUACAAGGUCUAUGCCGACAAGAGGCUGGACGCACAAGUGCCGACAUAUGGCCCUUACGGCCGCUGCGCCCCCAUGAAGAGCAUCUCGAGCAGCCUCAAGGAGACCAUGAACCCGCACGACAUCGUGCAGGACGCCAUCCACAACUUCUCACCCGCCUACCAGCAAUACACACAGCAGUCCACCCUGGAGCCCGGGCCCACCUGGCGCGGGGGCGCGCACGGCCUCUCGCGCUCCCACAGCCUCAGCGGCGCCCGCGACAACGAGAAGACUCUCCUGCUCAGCUCUGAUGACGAGUUCUAGGCGUUGCCAGUGGGGAAGGAUGGGCGCCUCGGCCCAGGGCAGGGCCUGCCCCACCUCCAGCCUCACGUCCAGGCCGGGAGGCGGGCAGGCACAGCUUCGGCAUCGCCCUUUAAUUUAUUGGACCAGAAACACAUAUCGCUUCCAGAGGAUCUGCCCAGGGGACAGCCCAGGCUCACCCAGGAGCCUUCAGGAAUAUUUAUACAAGGCCGUGGCUCUACCACCUGGGCGAGGGGCAGAGGACACUGGGAGCCACUCCUGUGCCCUUGCAGCUCUCCCCGUGGUGGUGGCCUGUUGGGACCAGCCGUGCCCGGGCCAGACACGUGUGCUGUGGACCAGCGAGCGGCUGCAGCCUUCCCAGCCCACCACCCCCAGACUUCCAGCGACCCCCCCGCCCCCCCCCGCCCCCAACACCGUGCAAUACUUCUGACCUGGGCUCUUCCCCGCUUGCUCCCUGCCCAUCCCCCUUUGUCUGACGCCUCACCCUGGGCAGGAGGAAGGAGGAGGGGACAUGGAUGCUCUCUGUGGACCCCCCUCCUGACCCAGGCCUGCCUGGCAUGCUGCAAGGAUCAGAGCCAGACCCCCAGAGUCCUGGGUCCCACCUCGGAAGGGGACUCAGAUGUGUCUGAGCUCCUGAGUGUCCCCUCUGUGGCUGCCCCUUCUGCUUGCCUCAUGCCCCGGCUCCUGGCCUACUUCUGGCCAGCCGCCCACACUGCCCUCCCACUUGGGGUCCUUCUUCUUGAGAGCAUCUUAGGUGGAGCCCAUGCUUUCCCAGCUGCUCAGAGGAUCAGGGGCUCCCACCCCUCCUGCCCAGGCUGAGCCAUCAGCACCUCUGCUGGAUCCUGGUCUCUCCCUGGGCCUUCUCCCUCCUGUGUCGGGGGUCUCCGCAUUUCAGACUAGCUUCCCGGGGAGAACGGUCCUGCUGGAGGGAGGAAGGGGAUGGGGCACGUGGCGGGGAGCCGGGAGACAGGGGACUCCUCUCUCUGGUCCUGUAUCUGCCCAGGGCCGGGUGUCCCGCCUCGUCUGGCCCCACAGCCCGUCUCUUCUGUGCCUUAGUCACAUAUGAAAGCUCCCCCUCCCCAGGCCCUCAGUCUGUCCCAGACACUCUCUGGGGGCUCCCUGCCAGCCCGGCCCGCAGAGGAUCCUGCAAUGCUGGGCCAAGUGCCCUGGGACAGGCCUCAGCUAUGAUCCCUCCCUUCGCCCACCUCCAUGCCCAUCUACCUGGAGUCUCCCAGGGCCAGAGCCCCCAGACAGGCCAGGCUGACACUGGCCCCUGCCUUGGGAGGCACCUUGUGGUGGCAUAGUGCGAGUGUAUUCAGGCUGUGCCUCCAUGGCUCGAACCCCAGAGAGCACCGGGUUUGGGCUGCAGUAGCCUUGGGGGUGGGGGGGUGGGGAGCAGGGCCCGCCCUGCCCUCUGGCAUCAGAGCUUUCCUUUCAGUCACCCCUGGGCUGAACUGUGCUGAGGGUCGGGUAGGGGAUGCCUCCCAGUCUGCCCGGGCCUCCUCUGGCCUUUGUGACCCAGCCAGCCCCCGGGGGACGGGGAACAGUGGCCUGCAUGACUGGUACCCUAGGCCAGCUUUCGGGCCCCUGGCUGGUGGGCCAGGCCACCUGAUACCAAGCUGGCCUGGAAGGUGCGGGCUCUCCGAGGAGAACCCCCAGCCCGCCCCUGCCAUUCGCUUUCAUGUUCCUCUGAUUCUCCUUCCAGGCCAAAGUGUGCUGCUGCCCCCCUGCCCCCUGGUCCUUGCCUGCCCCGGUACCUGCCCGCUAGCAUGGUGGGUGGGGGAGGUGGGGGCUCCACGGCAGGGAGCUAGCAGCCCCUGGGGAGACCGGGGCUGGGAACUCGUGCCUCCUUCCCAGGAUGCGUAACCUACCGUGUCUUUUUUUUUUUUUUUUUUUUUUUUUUUUGUAAUUUUUUCCCCCAAUAGAGUAGCUCUUUGUACAUAAAAAAUACUUGAAAAAUUAAUUGUAUGAUGUAUGAGAAGACAGAGUCCCCUAGUUUUGUAUCUCGUGUAUGACUGCCAUGAGUUCCACCAGAAAGCCGCUCUAUUUUGGUCUCUGUGACAUUUUAAAUGCGUGACAGAAGUGAGCAAAUAAAGUGAGAAAGAAAUAUAUAUAUGAGAUAAUAUAGAUUGUAUUGAAAUCUC